AUGAUCGAAAGAGACGUUGAAGAGAAAGAUGAAGAGAAAGCGCUCCCUCGUGAGAUACUAAGAAAGAAAAACUCGUAUGUAAUUGAACAGAACAAUAUGUCUAUUGCGCCACCUACGUCUCUGAAAACGGGGAAUGUUGACGAUACGAAUAAAGUCAGUGCCGAGAAACUACCAUCACCACUGGAGAAAGCUAAUGAGAAAGAAGAGGCAGAAGAGAGUGAUGCACUCUUAAAUAAACACGAAGACAGUGUUCUUAGUAAAGGUUGCCACAACAAACAGAAUCCGAAAUGCAAGCUCAUAUCUCCUUACGCAGUCUACAAAGCAGAUGGAGAAUUCUUAAAAAUAAUCUCCACACGCCGGAAGGACAACAACGGCAACACAGAUGAGGGUGGUGAAUAUGCUAACAGACCUACAGAAAUUCCAACACAGGACUCAGCAGAGAGGGAAGGGGAAGAGUGCAGCCAGGGUAAAGACAAUAACAAAUUAUUCCGUUUUGCUCGUUUUAUGUGUGAGAUCGUUUCUAUUGGAUUUCCAUCCACAGAAUCAGUUAACCAGCUGACCACGGCCGAUCUACUUUCAUAUGCAAGGCAGGUUGCAAUGGGGAUGGAGUAUCUGGCUAAUAAACAGUUUGUUCACCGAGAUCUCGCGGCCAGGAACAUCUUAGUGUGCGAGAACAAACUGGUGAAAAUAUCUGACUUCGGCAUGGCAAGGGACGUUUACGAAGACAGCCAUUACCACAAAACUACUGGAGGUAAACUGCCUUUGAAAUGGAUGUCAAUUGAAGCCAUUUUUGACCAGAUUUACACUACACAAAGUGAUGUGUGGUCAUUCGGCGUUGUGUUGUGGGAGAUUAUUACACUGGGAGCCUCACCGUACCCAGGCAUAUCUGGAAAAAGACUGCUUAAAAUGCUGAAGACUGGCCACAGAAUGGAACAACCUGACAAUUGUCCACAGGAAAUCUACCAUAUCAUGCGCUCCUGUUGGCAGGCCGCUGCAAAUGACCGGCCAUCGUUCACCCAGCUACGUGAGCAAUUGGAGAGAAUAUUGGAAGACAGUCAGCAAUACAUAGAUCUCUCCUUGGAUUAUUACUACAGGGUACCUGAUGCAGAGAGUAGUGGAAAAAGUAAUGACGAAGAAACUAGCGGGAACAGCACCAUCAGUGGCGGCGAUGGUGCGUCAGCUCAGUCUACCGGAGGUCACAGCCCAGAUAUUAGUGAUUUCAAUUCCACCACGACGAUGGGAGAUUCUCAUUCGUUAAUUCAUCCUGCCAGCCCUUGUGACGCCACCGUGUCAUCCUCACCGAGUGUCUGCAGCUUGCCGUGUAUGAAGGAGGAUUACAAUGUAGGCUGUACGAGCGGUAUUGAGAUGUCGCCGCCGUCCGAUGUAGGCGCGGGUGAAACUGCUCAAUGUGUUGCCCGGAUAGCUGAAGAUAACCAGGUCGAAUCCAAAGUCACAAAUUUGGCCCCUCAAGCAGCUUUCAUGGAUAAUCUAUCAUAUGAACAAUUUGAAGAGGUUGUGCCAGGUCCUAAACUGAACAGAAACAUUGUUAUACAGCGAACACCAAACAGAUAUCUUAACUCUGAUAAAAAUCUCUUUCAUAUAAGCAAUAACUGUUUGGGCGAUGAUGGCAACACGCAUAAAACAGUUAAUGUACCAGGAACGAUAGCUGUAGGAACCAAUCUGGGAGUUCUUACAGAAACCAUCGACAAAAAAGACCAGUUACGUCUCCAGAGUAAGAAUAACCAGAUAGAACAUGGUGGCGGAUUGCGGCCACAUUCUUUGGACAUAUCCCAAACGGUUAAAGCCCCGAUGCACAAAACGCCAAAGAUCAAAGUCGUUUCAGCAGACGAGUCGGAGCGGAGCGCACUCACACAAACACAGGGACUACCUUCUGCUCGUCCUUUGGCAAAACUGAAAAUCUGCAAUGGAAAUGGAUUAGUUCCUCAAAAUGGUCCAUUUAGUAAAUCGCAAGCUCCUAAUUCAGUGCCGAAUGUGCAGUAUGAGAAUGUAAAAGUUGUACAAAAUACUCGAGUGUAA